AUGUGGCUGCGAUGUCCAUUUAGCGGAAGGACUCCACUCAAAUGGGCAUCAAGAUAUGGCAAACUUGAAGUUGUUAAAUAUCUUAUCUCUGUUUGCGACGAUAAAGAAGCAAAGGAUAAAGAUGGAAAAACCCCUCUCAUUUCUGCAAUAUUUAAAGGUAAUCUUGAAUUUGUUCAAUAUCUUAUUUAUGUUGAAGCUAAUAAAGAAAUAGAGGAUAGCUUUGGAUCUACUCCAUUCAAUUGGACAUCAGUAAGAGGUCGUCUUGAAGUUGUUAAAUAUCUUAUCUCAGAUGGAGCUAAUAAAGAAGCAAAGACUCAUGAUGGAGAUCUUCCACUUUUUACAGCAUCACUAUAUAAUAAACUUGAAGUUGUUAAAUAUCUUAUCUCUUUUGGAGCUAAUAAGGAAGCAAAGAAUAAAAGAGGAGAAACUUCACUCAUUUUUGCAUUAAGAUAUCUUAUUUCUGUUGGCGUUAAUAAAAACACAAAAGGAUAA